AUAUAACAUACAUACAUGUAUAGGUAUGAUCGACACUUAAACUCAUUUUUUGCUCUAAACUCUCUCUCCCUCUCUCUUUACGCACACUACGAAGGACGCACAUUGUUGUUGACUCAUGGAUGUCGAAAAGCUAUGGAACCAUACAAAGAAAGACUCCAUCUUUCAAACUACUCAUUUCUCUUCUUCUUCAAAACCCUUUUUCACAAGAAGCUUCUCAACCAAAGAUUCAUCUUCUCCUUCUUCUUCAAACCCCAUUUUCACAAGAAGCUUCUCAACAAAAGCUUCAGCUUCUCAUCCUUCAUCAUCCAAAUCCCAUUUCUCGAGAAGCUUCUCAAUUAAACCUUCGUCUUCGUCGUCUUCUUGUUCUUCGGACCCCGUUUUCAGACGGAGUUUCUCAGCAAAGCCUAAAGAUUCGAAGUCUUUGCUCUUGGCUAGAAGCUGUUCCACGAAAUCUUCAGCUCAUCAUUUCUCUUCCAAGUCUUCUCUAGAUCUCUCUAGAAGCUUGUCUCAGAAAGGAGCUUCCGUGACGCGAAAAUGCUUGAAAGUGGCGAAAGAGCAUAAGUCCCGCUUCUACAUAAUCAAACGCUGCGUUUUCAUGCUCGUUUGCUGGCACAAACAUUCUUGAGAGUCAUAUGCAUUGGAUCCAGAUAUUGAAGAAAAAUCUUUGUGGAAGCAAAAAACAAUACAUAUAAGGGUAUUGGAUACAUGAUCACCAAUUUGUGGGAUAGAUAGAUCACAGAUUCACAAGUAGGGCGAGGUUGAAAACUCGUGUGGUCCAAAAAGCCAAUGCCGCUCCCACAAUGAGACUCCAGUACCACCGUUAUUCGAAUAAUGGUCGUAAGAGAAGUAACAAAUACUAGGCCCGUCAACGUCCUUAGCAAGUGAUUUAGAAGCGUGAUCCUCGAAACCGGAUCGCAUAGAGGGAAUAUCCAAUGCAUCCUCCGUUAACUUAAGAUAUUGCCUAUUCCUUUUAAGAAUAUGAUAGUAAAACCUCCUGUGGAAUCACCGUGUUCUUUAGAAAGUCUCUCCAUAUAGGAAUGAAGUUUUUGUGAAGUGUCUCUCAUUGA